ACAAUGUACUCAAAUAAGUAUGUAAUUUUUCAAGUUGAUAAAAUAUAUCUUAUGGUUUUAAUAUCAUCUCUGUUGAUGUAAUCAAAAGAGUAGUUAAAAUAUAAAUUAAAUGAUGUUUAUAACCUCGUUCUUAGUAAAACGUACCAGGAUCAAAGGUACUGAGAAUGAGACUUUACUUUGGAGAUCGUUUCUAACACAGACAACAUGGCGGACACCGGCGAUGGACGUAUCCAGAAGAUGGAAGUUGAUUACAGCUCCACUGUGGAGCAAAAACUUCCCGAGUGUGAAAAACUCGCAAAGGCAGGGAAGUUAACUGAAGCCAUAGAUAUACUUCUUGGACUAGAGAAAAUGACAAGGACAGCUGCUGAUUAUCAUUCAACUGCCAAGAUUUUGGUUGGCAUUGUAAAGAUGUGUUUUGAUCAGAAAGACUGGAGUGCCCUAAAUGAAAAUAUUGUGUUGUUAACAAAAAAGCGGGGACAAAUGAAACAGGCUGUGACUAAGAUGGUUCAAGAGUCCUGCAGUUAUGUUGAACAGACCCCUGAUAUGGAGACCAAACUUAAACUUAUUGAUACACUAAGGACUGUUACAGCUGGCAAAAUAUAUGUAGAAAUUGAAAGAGCCAGACUAACAAGAACACUUGCCAAGAUAAAAGAAGAUGAAGGAAACAUUACAGAAGCUGCAAGUAUUCUCCAGGAAUUGCAGGUGGAAACAUUUGGUUCCAUGGAGAAGAAAGAGAAAGUGGAGUUUAUCCUUGAACAGAUGAGGUUAUGUUUGGCUAAAAAGGACUAUAUUAGAACACAGAUUAUCAGCAAAAAGAUUGCCACAAAGAUCUUUGAUGAAGAAGGAAUGGAGGAACUGAAGUUGAAGUACUACCAACUUAUGAUAGCUGUAGAUCAGCACGAGGGAUCCUAUCUUGCUACAUGCAAACAUUUCAGAGCUAUUUAUGAUACCCCAAGCAUUAAAGAAGAUAAAGAAAAGAUGAAAGAGGCCCUGAAAUGUGUGGUCCUGUACCUUGUACUAGCUCCAUAUGAUAAUGAACAAUCUGACUACACCUUCAGAGUUUAUGAGGAUAAAAAUCUGGAAGAGAUUCCAAAAUAUAGGGAACUGUUGAAGAAUUUCACUACUCCUGAGAUAAUGAACUGGAGACAGCUUUGUGCAGCAUUUGAGGGUGAACUGAAGUUUGGAUCCCCAGGGAGCACAGCUACAGAUGUCUUCAAUACCAACACAGAAGCUGGUGUAAAAAGAUGGGAUGAUCUCAAGAAACGAGUGGUAGAGCAUAACAUUCGUGUGAUGGCAAAGUAUUACACGAGAAUAAAUAUGAAGCGAAUGGCAGAGUUAUUGGAUCUUACUGAAGCAGAAACUGAAGAGUUUUUGUCCAAUUUAGUGGUGAACAAAACUGUUCAAGCCAAAAUAGACCGCCUUGCUGGUAUAGUCCACUUCGUCUCUGCCAAGGAUCCUAAUGACAUUCUAAAUGACUGGGCCAUGAAUAUAAACUCUCUAAUGCAGCUGGUUAAUAAAGCAACACAUCUUAUAACAAAGGAAGAAAUGGUUUACAAAUUACAAUGAUUGAAACCCCAGUUUGGUAAUUGAAAACAUUUAUUACCUUUAAAUGUCAGGACAUUGCCAAUUGGGAAGGUACACAAAUGUACACAUUAUUUUGCAUGUGAAGUGGAUUUGCAUAUUCAUGUCACAUUUCAUAUUCAAAAACAGAAAACUAUCACACAUUUCAGUUUUCUGCUGUUUAGACUUUGAAGAAUUCCAUUUUUGUAUAAUGUGACUGAAUAUGACUACAAGAUUACUCCACACAUUUAAAUGAAAAUGUUCAAACAUUAUUGAUUGAACCUGAAAAUAAAGAUGUAUGCUAAGA